ACGGCAGACCAGGCUUCGCCCGAACCCAGCGCUCUUUCCUCCGCUCCCGGCCGUCUGUGAAGCCGUGCCGGCCGGUCGGCAGCGCGAGGUUCUCCGCCGGCGCCGCUGCUGCCGGCCGCAGGGAGGCCGGCCCCGGGCGCGCACGCUCGGCCGAGCCCCGGCGCGCCCCGCGCCCCGCGCCCCGCUGACAGCUGCCGCUGGACUCCUGCGCUCGGCUCCCGGCUCGGCGGCCGGCCUCGGGCCCCUCCGCACUCCGCCCCCUCGGGCUCCCCUCGCUCCACCUCUACCCCUCCUGCCCUCCGGUGCAGAUCGUUUCGCAACUGCCUGCUUCUUGCUCGCCCCGCGCCCGGCUGUUUUUUCCAUUCCCGGGCCCUUCUUGAGUACUUUGCCCCCUGAAUUUUGGGGAAGAGAGGCUGCCAAGGGGGGACGAGCGGAGCGUCCAGAGAAGGAGGAAGCAAGGCCCCCAGGGGGAGGAGGCUCCACGCCACCCUUUCUGGUCAUCUCUCCUACCGCCCCGCCCCUGCGCACACUCCCUUGCGGGCGAGCUACUUUCGGACGAGGAAAGUGAGGGCGGCCCUGGUGACAGCGCCGCGGGGCCAGUCCCGGGGAAUCGCGUCUUGUCCGUCGCGCUGCUAACCAGCGCACAGCCAGCGCACAGCCGCGACCAAGGAUGGCUUCGACCACAACCUGCACCAGGUUCACGGACGAGUAUCAGCUUUUUGAGGAGCUUGGAAAGGGGGCAUUCUCGGUGGUGAGAAGAUGUAUGAAAAUCCCUACUGGACAGGAAUAUGCUGCCAAAAUUAUCAACACCAAAAAGCUUUCUGCUAGGGAUCAUCAGAAACUGGAAAGGGAAGCUAGAAUCUGCCGUCUUUUGAAGCACCCCAAUAUUGUGAGACUUCAUGACAGCAUAUCAGAAGAGGGCUUCCACUACUUGGUGUUUGAUUUGGUUACUGGGGGUGAACUCUUUGAAGACAUAGUGGCAAGAGAAUAUUACAGUGAAGCCGACGCCAGUCAUUGUAUACAGCAGAUUCUAGAAAGUGUAAAUCAUUGUCACCUAAAUGGCAUAGUCCACAGGGACCUGAAGCCUGAGAAUUUGCUUUUAGCUAGCAAAUCCAAGGGAGCAGCUGUGAAACUGGCAGACUUUGGCUUAGCCAUAGAAGUCCAAGGAGACCAACAGGCAUGGUUUGGUUUUGCUGGCACACCUGGAUAUCUUUCUCCAGAAGUUUUACGUAAAGAUCCAUAUGGGAAACCAGUGGAUAUGUGGGCAUGUGGUGUCAUUCUCUAUAUUCUGCUGGUGGGGUAUCCACCCUUCUGGGAUGAAGACCAACACAGACUAUAUCAGCAAAUCAAGGCUGGAGCUUAUGAUUUUCCAUCACCAGAAUGGGACACGGUAACUCCUGAAGCCAAAGAUCUCAUCAAUAAAAUGCUUACUAUCAACCCCGCCAAACGCAUUACAGCAUCAGAGGCACUGAAACAUCCAUGGAUCUGUCAACGUUCUACUGUUGCUUCCAUGAUGCACAGACAGGAGACGGUAGACUGCCUGAAGAAAUUCAACGCUAGAAGAAAACUAAAGGGUGCCAUCUUGACAACCAUGUUGGCUACAAGAAAUUUUUCAGCAGCCAAGAGUUUGUUGAAGAAACCAGAUGGCGUUAAGAUAAACAACAAAGCCAACGUGGUAACCAGCCCCAAAGAAAAUAUUCCUACCCCGGCGCUGGAGCCCCAAACUACUGUAAUCCACAACCCUGAUGGAAACAAGGAGUCAACUGAGAGUUCAAACACAACAAUUGAAGACGAAGAUGUGAAAGCACGAAAGCAGGAGAUUAUCAAGGUCACUGAACAAUUGAUUGAAGCCAUCAACAAUGGGGACUUUGAGGCUUACACAAAAAUCUGUGACCCAGGUCUUACUGCCUUUGAACCUGAAGCUUUGGGUAAUUUAGUGGAAGGGAUGGACUUUCACCGAUUCUACUUUGAGAAUGCUUUGUCAAAAAGCAAUAAGCCAAUCCACACUAUUAUCCUGAAUCCUCAUGUCCAUCUGGUAGGGGAUGAUGCUGCCUGCAUAGCAUACAUUAGGCUCACACAGUACAUGGAUGGCAGUGGAAUGCCAAAGACAAUGCAGUCAGAAGAGACCCGGGUGUGGCAUCGCCGGGAUGGCAAGUGGCAGAAUGUUCAUUUCCAUCGCUCAGGCUCACCAACAAUACCCAUCAAGCCACCUUGUAUUCCAAAUGGGAAAGAAAACUACUCAGGAGGCACCUCUUUGUGGCAAAACAUCUAAGGCUGCAAACCAUUCACAUAUGGGUCUUCUAAAUAUCAACAGUGCCACUUCUGCGUUCUGUGUUCUCAAGGCACCCGGAUGGUAACCCUGGCCCGUCCUCUCCUGCUCUUCAUGCAUGUUUCUGAGUGCAUGAAGUUGUGAAGGUCCUACAUGUAAUGCAUAUGUGAUGCAUCAUCUUAUCAUAUAUUCCUUCCUAUACAUUGUUUACAUUUCAACAAAGGGGAUGUUCCAUGCAAAUGUAAAUCACUGUUGGCAAACAACAGGGAGAGGUCAGACAGAUUCUACAAGCUGUUCAUCAUGUUUCUGUUUAUGCCAAGAUGUAACAGACUUCAAAUAUUACUGUUCUCUGAAUGACAGCUCGUAAAAGAAAUGUAGAUUGUUUUUUGAAACUCAUUGCUGUUAAUCUCUUUUGGCUUGUUGGGGGUUUUUUGGUUGUUUGUUUUUUAAAGUAAAA